AUGGGUGGAGGAUCCUCAUCACCCCAGCCGCCCCAAAGGGUCGCCCAACGCGAAAAAGUCUCCCUCGCCGGUGUUCUCGAGCCCGUCCUGAGCACCACCCGCACCAUGGACCUACCCCAAGCCAUAACCGAGACGGCCCGCGAAGGCAUGCGCCUCUGUGCGGGCCUCCGUCGCCACUACCUCUUCAGCACGGGCAACGACGUAGACGACACCAUGACGGCGACGACGCUCGAGAUGCUCACCGGACUCAUCGCCAAGGCUAAAGAGGCCUGUAACAUCCGGGACUACGUGACGCUGCUCAUCGAGGAUACGGUGCUCAGACUGAGCAUGGAUCUUAGUCCGCCAACGAAGGCGCUGAGGGAUGUUGCGAGGUUCAUUAAUCCGUUUUUGAACUCGGAAGGGCCGCAGUCGUCAACGGCUACGGCUAUUGAGCCGUUUAGGGCGACGGAUGCUGCGCUGAUUACGGAUACGGAGAAGGAUUUGUUGGUUCUUCUGUACUACUGCCACGAGAACAACAUCAAAGGUUCUCCGGAUGAGGCGAUUGGGCAUUUGUGCAAGUUGGCUGGCAAAUAUGGCGACGUGAAAGACCUCGAUGUUCGAAAAGAGCCAUUUACCGAAACGGAAGUCUACCUCUUCUGGGCCCUCGUCUUCCUCACAACCAACAUCUCCACCACCGUCCCCCUCCCCUCCCUAACCCCCGACUCCCGCACCGGCCUCACCGCCGAACUCGGCCUCCAACUCAGCCGCCUUCUCACCGUCACGGAGAUGCUCCUCUCCGACGCCCGCCUCGACCAGGCCUGCUUCUGCCUCAUGUUCCUGCGACGACUGACCGCCGAGGAGAAGCGAGGGUGGUGGAAGUCGCGGGCGAAGAAGAUUGCGAAGGAGUUGACGAGGCGAAGGCCCGUUAGGCAGCGGUGGCAUGAGGAGUUUGCGGCUAGGACGGUGAAGGACGUUGUUAAGGGGCAGUUGAUUGCUGAGGGUGGGUCGGAGGGUUGGGCAUCGAGGGGGUCGCUGUCGUUUUCGAGGGAGGAUUUGACUUUUGAUCCGGAUCCGAUGAAGGGAUUGUGA